AUGAGGGCAAGUACAAAAAUAUCCUCCAAAAGGGUCACAUUAACAUCCGAAUUAGCAAAUCGUUCAUUAUCCUUAGCCUAAAUCUAUCAUGUUGGUAAAGGUAAGAGAGAGAGAGCUGAUUUCUUAAAGGAUUCAAAUAAGUUGAAGUUCUCUUUGCAGACAUAAGCUUUCAAGAAUUCAUCGCAUCCAUCUAAUAUUUUUGAUGAUAGGGGAUCUGACUAGAGUGAUGAUUCAUUUUAUUUAAGCAGUGAAAAUAUCUCAGAAGAUUCUAUUCUUUCGGUUCAUGUAGUUGAUAAAUACAAUAAAAAUGAUGAGGGUUCUUCUUUUAAGUAGUCAAAUAAUAGUUAAAGUAAACAAGAAAUCGAUCAGCACAAAAGCCAAAUUUAAAUGGAUGGGAUAAAUUAUAAAUAAAAUAAAAAUGAAGGAGAAGCCUAAUUGUAAAAGAUUAUAAAAAAAUAUUAAAAGUAAAUGUAAAGAAAUCCUUUGUAAGAUCCAUAUUAUGUUCAAUUAAAAAUAUUGAGAGGCUAUGAAAGACUUAAAUUCGAAUUAACACGCUAUCACGACAAAAAUAGAUUUUUAUAAAUGAGAAAAAGGAUAGGAUUAGUAAAAUCGAUCUAUUUUAAAUUGUUUAUGACAACAUUGAUCAUCUUCAACGUUGCCUUAUUCAUAUAUGUUAAGACCAACAAUAGAAAAGACACAGAUCAAAUUGAACAAGUGAUAACAGUGUUCUUUUUGAUUGAGGUAAGCUUUAGAAUUAUUGCCUCAGGAGUAAUUUUGAAUAGAAAAAGCUUUUUUAGAAGUCCAUUGAACAUAUACGAUUUUACAUUAGUUGUUCUAACAACCUUAAAUUUAUACAGACCUGAUGUAAUAAUCCUAGAUCUAUCUCCAUUAAGAAUGAUCACUUUAUUAAAUUACUUGGGAAAUGUAUUGAAAGGACUAUCAGUAAUGCUUAAGGCAUUGAUAUCAUCUUUGAAGUUCCUUUUAGAAGCCUUGAUAAUAGUGGGUUUAUUUUCAUUAUUUUUUGGGAUAUUUGGAGUGCUACUCUUUUAGAACUUAUUUAAUUACAGAUGUUAAUUUGAGAAUGGAGAUGAAACUGAAGGGUGGAUCCAAUGCAAUGAGAAUUAGUGUCCGGAAGGUAUGAGUUGUUCAUAUUCUGACUACACACCAAAACCACCAACUUCAUUUAAUAAUAUCAUUUAUUCAGUAGGACAGAUUUUAAGAACAAUAACUAUGGAUGAUUGGAGUUGGGUGAUGUUUUUCACUAUGAGAAUAUUCAAUCCUUGGAUAUGGAUCUAUUAUUUGUUGAUCAUUUUUGUGGGUGGAUUCUUUGGAUUCAAUUUAGUUAUUGCUGUUUUAAAAACUCAUUAUGCAGAAGUAGCAUAAGAAACUGUAUAGGAGGAAAUUAAGUAAUAAAUGAUGGCCAGGCUAAAGGAGAAGUAGGAAAAUCCAGAGAGAGAUUUGAUUUAGAUCUUUGAUGUAGCUGUUUUAAAGCAUAUUGGAAUUUAUAAGGCUUUCUUGAGUUAUAAAAAACAAUUGACUAAUCCAUUGUAUCAAUCAUAAUCUCAUCCCAUUGAGGAAUUGAGCUAGGAAAAUAUUAAAACAAAAGUAAGGACCUUAUCUGGUAGAUAGAGGACAAAUGAGAAAAAUAGAAAUCAGAAAGGAUUUUAAGCCUAUCUGGAUCAAUUUAGUUUGAAAUAUUUAUUAUUGCCUAGAUUUAAAUAUUUGGAUAAAUUCAAACAAAUGAUUAAAGUAUCCAAUUACACUGAUGAUCCUUUGGAAAUGAAAUUAAUAUCUAGAUUAUUGGAGAAUCAGUUCUCUUAGCUCUCUCCAUAUCCAAAUUAUGAUUUAUUUCAAAAUUUUAAUAGUGAAGAUGAUGUUUUGUUAGCUUUCAUUGAAAAAGAAAAACAAAGGAAAAUCGUUGAUUAAAAUUAAUUGAUCAAAUAAUGCAGAUAGAUUAAAUUUAAACAAGUUUAUUCCCUAACAAAGGUGCCAAAGUAAACCAUGAUUUCAUCAAAAGCUUUAAUUCCAAUUAAAUCAGCUCGGAGAAAAAUAAAAACUUCUUAAAUCGAUUAGACGAAUGAUGAGAUUGCAUUAAAACAUCUUAAUGUAAAUAGAGAAGCAUCCAUUUAAGUAAAGAUGAAUAAUUUUAAACAUUGUUAAACCCAAAGUAGUUUUCCUUUCUCAGUAGUGAGUAAGAAGAAAAUUUAUGUUAUGAUACAAGAAUAAUAUAUUGAUUAUGAAGCAUUAUGUGAAAAAAUUAAUACCAAAAUACCAACAAUGAUAGAUAAUUCUACUUCUAAUGAAUUUAAAUAUAGACUAUUAAGAAUGAAGGAAUUAAAAAAGCGAAUGAUAGAAAAAAAGAAUUGGUCAGGAAGUGAUGUAUUAUUGUUAGAUAUUUUGAGGGCAAAUGAAUUUAAUGAAAUAAAAUAAAAAUUGAAUUAUCAAGAUUAGCAAAUUUGGUUGACUGGAUUAAAAGGAAAGAUUACUACUGCAAAGAAAUAUUGUUAUAUUUUAAUAAGUAGUAGGUUUAGUUAAUUCUUUUUUGAUUUGAUAAUCUUAUUCAAUUUUACUUUUUUAUCCUUAUAAGGGAUAGUAAAUCCUGGAUUGAUAUCAAACAUAGAAGAUAUCACAACCAUUCUACUAUGUUUUGAAUAAUCAUUAAAAUUAUUCUCUUAUCCAUAUAGAGAGUUACUCAAUUAUCCAAGUUAAGUUCUUUAGUUGUUCAUCAUAAUUUUGAAUUUUAUUGAACUUACUCUAGGCGAUUAAAUAACUAAUUCAAAUUUGUAAACUUAAAAAUUGAUUAGAGGAACAAAAUGUCUUUUAUUCUAUAGAUGUUUAAGAUACAAUAAAAUGGCUAGUAAGAUAGGACAAAUUGCAUCAAAAACGUUUGAAUCUUACAUUUAUUUGACAGUUUUAAUGUUAAUGGUUAUUUUCAUAUAUGCAUUGAUAGGAAUGGAAAUGUAUGCAGGUUAAUUUAAUUAAUUAGAUACUUUGGGAUAGUUACAUUCCUUUGAUAAUAUCUUGAAAUCAUUUAUGACAAUUUUCAAUAUUAUGACAAAUGAUGAUUGGUAUGGAGUCUACGUGAUGGGAGGCAAUAUUAAUUAUACAUUUUCAGUCAUUUAUUCAUAUUCUAUGGUCAUCAUACUAAAUUAUUGUACAUAUGGAUUAGUUUUUGCUAUAUUGUUAGAUGGAUUUGGGAAGUAUCUAGGGAAUUAAGAGGAAGAAAUUAUGGAAAAAGACGAAUUGUAAAAUCAAUAAAUAAGUGCCAAUUCUGAAUAGCACGAAAUUACAUAUGAUGAAACUAUUGCUAAUACAAAUUAAUUGCAAUCCAAAACUCAGAAGAUUAGUUUGAUAUCUCACUUACUUGUAUCGAUUAAAUCAUCUUAUAAAAGUAUUCAAACAAAGCAUUAGUCUAUUUAUGAAGGAAUUGAAUGUCAAUAGUCACUUUAUCUCUUCGAUUAAUCCAAUAUAUUAAGAAUUGUAAUUACUAAAUUAGUCAUUAAAAUCUAUUAUCAAUAUUUCAUAGAUUUUGUGAUCUACAGUUCUAUCAUAAUAUUUAUUAUCAAGACAUAUAAUGAUUUCGAAACAAAUUCAUCCGAUAUGCCAGAUAAAUUGCAAUUUAUUGCAAAUAUUAUUAUAUUGACUGAUUUCAUUUUAAAUGUAAUUGCUAAAGGCCUAGUUUUAGAUGCUGGCUCAUUUUUAACAAAUACUUGGCAACUUAUAGAUGUUAUCUAUAUAAUAGCAAAUCUUAUACAAUAUUAAUUAAAUAAUCAAAUUAUAAAGGUUUUGUUAUUUAUGGGAUACUUUCGACCAAUGAAAUUAAUGUACAGGAUUAAGUGGUUAUCAUAAUUAAGGGCAGCAUUGGGCUAAGCUCUGUUGGACAUCUUAAAUGUAUUUAUUACUCUUUUAUCUGUUUGGUUAAUAUUUGGUGUUUAUGGUAUCAUAUUUUAUGAAAAGCAAUUUGGAUAUUGCGAAGAUAAAAUGUCGUUUUAUGUAUCCUAUGAUGAUUGCAUUGAAUCUAAUAAAACAUGGGUGAAUUAUAAACAUAAUUUUGACAAUAUCACAGUUGCAAUUCCAACAUUGUUCACAAUAUCAACUUUUGAUGGAUGGGGAGAGAUUUUAUAAGUAGCUGAGAAUAGUUAAACUUCAAAUACUGGACCGAUUCCAUUCAAUAGUUAUUUGUAUACUUACUUGUAUUUAAUAAUCUUUUGUUUUAUUGGAUCUAUGUUCUUUUUGAGUUUAUUUACAGGGAUUCUUUUCAAUAGUUUGAAAGAAAACUAAUUCAAAAUGGAAAAUAGCCAGUAUACUCAAGUUUAAAGGGAAUUUAUGAAAAUUACUAAUAUCUUGAUGUCAGACUUUCCAUUAUAUUCUGCACCUCCAAAGAGCAGAGUUAGAAAGGUUUCCAGUAAGGUUGUAAACAACACCCAUAUUCAAUAUUUUAUUUAUGGUUGCUUAAUAUUAGAUUUAAUAAUUUUAUUACUAUUCAAUUCAGAAAUGAGUGAUAACUAUUUUGACAUUGCCAAUUCUAUGCAUUAUUCACUUACUAUCUUAUACUUAAUUUGGAUAAUAUUAUUAUUUUUGGCUUUAGGUGUCAAUAGAUAUUUUGAUAAUUAUUGGAGAAGGUUCUAUCUAUUCUUAGUUGUAAUUGGAUUAGUAGAUCUAAUAGCUAAUUCUAUAACAAAUUGGACUCAUCUAUAUUUCAGAUCACAUCCUGGGAAUGAUUAUUAUCAAUUAUUCAGGUUGUUCUUCAGUCUUAGAAGUUUAAGAAUUAUCUUAAUCUUUCAAGGUUUAAUAAGUAUCCAAAGAUUACUCAGAGUGAUGGUAUUUGCAAUGCCUUAUUUGGUGAAGAUUUUUACAAUCCUUAUUAUUACAAUGGUCAUUUUUGCCCUUUUUGGUUGUUAACUUUAUGGUAGGAUAGAUUCAGGAUAAGUGAUGGACGAUAUCAUUAACUUUACUAAUUUUGGGAAUGCCAUGUUAGCUUUAUUUAAAUGUGCUUCAGGUGAUGAUUGGAGAACAAUAAUGACUGAUACUAUGUAGCAUAAUCCAUUAUGUCAGGAAGAUGACAAAUAUUGUGGAUCUGCUGCCAAUUAAUUAUUUUUUAUACUCUUUAUGUUAUUGUCCAAUUAUGUUCUAUUAAAUUUAUUUGUUUUAGGAUUGAUAGAGUAAUUUGAAUAGUUUUUUCAAAUGCAGAAUUCACAAAUUCAAACUUAUGUUGAGAACAUCGACAAAAUCAAAAAUAUAUGGUGCAAGUAUUCUCAAGAAACUUAAGGUUUGUCUAUGCAUUUUAAAUUCCUCUGUAAAUUUUUAAUUGAUAUUGGAUAACCUUUGGGAGUAGAUAAGGAUUCUAAUUUAUGGGAUGCUUGUAAAUUAUCCUCAUAACUUAAAUUAUAAAGUGACAUCCAUGGGUACAUUCAAUAUAAUUUCUUGAUGUAUGAAUUAUUUAGGAGAUGCUUUUAUAAUGAAGUGUUUAAAUCCGGAAGCCAAGAGUCUAUUGAACAGAUAAAGAAGUUUAAUAAGGAGUCAUAAUUUAGAUUAAUGUAUUAUAGAAAAAAUAAAAAUCUACCUCGUUCCAAUAUUAGUCCUUCAGCUACAAUUCAGCCUAACAUCAAUCUUCUUCACGAUUAUUUAAAUGUUUUAAUCUUAUUUAAAACAUGGGAAUAAUUCAGCUAAUAACUAAUUGAGAAGGUGAAUUAGGAUCAAGAUUAUUUUACUGAUUAAAGUGUUACAAUGCCUGGAAAAAUACAAAAUGAUUAUCAGCAAAGCUAGAAUCACAUUUUAUAAAAUAAUUAGGAAAGUGAGUUGGAAAAUGAAAUUAUUAGUAAUGCAUCUGUCAGCAGACAUAGUGUAUCCAUUAACAGUCAGAUUAAUAGAUAUAAUGAUUUACCUAUCUACAAGGGUAGCUAUGAUACAUCGUUGUAGAGUGAGAACAGAGAUUUCCCCUAUUUCAUCAAAGUCAAUAAGCAAAACGAAUUGGAUGAAUGA